AGAUCCAGUUGGCGCCGUCUGUGACAGGGUGGGACCGAGCCAACCAUGUUCGAUCAAUGCUGCUCCGACGGCGGUGGCGUCGCAGAUAAGUGCCCCGUCGGAGAAGACAGGACUUGAAGACAGGCGUCCAACAAUGCUGCGAAGGCGAUCACUCUUGCAUUUUCCGGCCAGUCCACAGCAUCCUUGCAUCAAUGGGCCUCCGUGACCAGCUCUACAUUCUCGUUCUAGCGCUUCUCCUCUGGAGUGGGCCCGCGCACGGCCACAGUCACGGCGGUGGUGGCGACGAGCACGGUGUGUGCGGCGAAGUCGAAGGCGACCCGGACACGUACGACACCAACUUGCACAUCGCGGCGGCGUUCAUCGUCUUUGCCGCGUCCAUCAUGGGCAGUAUGCUCCCGGUCAUGAGCGCGUACGUCCCGUGGCUGCACAGCAGCACCACAGGCAUGGAGAUGCUGAGCUCGUUUGGCUUUGGUGUCGUCAUCUCGACAGCUUUUGUGCACAUGAUUCCACCCGCCAUUGCCACGCUCAACAACCAUUGUCUCGGUCUCGACUACUCGGGCAUUGCCAUGGUCAUCGUGCUGGCGACCAUCUACCUCAUGCAGCUGCUUGAAACGGAGCUCGUCAUCGCCCUCACCAAGUACACGUCUGGCAAGUCCAACGAUACCAACCAGCGCGUGCUCGAGUCUGGAAUCCUCUCGACGCCGCCGCGGUCCCCCCACGUCGGCCAUUCCCACGGCGUCAUCGCGUCGGGGCCGAGUGACGAAGAGACGGCGAUGCGCCAGAAAAUCUCAGUGCUUAUUUUCGAGGCCGGCGUCGCUGUCCACUCGAUCAUCAUUGGCGUCGAGCUGGGCGUGAGUUCGGGCGACGAGUUUACGACGAUUUUGAUUGCGAUUUGCUUUCACCAGUUUUUCGAAGGCGUCGCCGUCGGUAGCUCGGCCGUCUCGGCCUUCUCGGAGAUGAAGACGCUCGUCCUCUCUGCGUUUGGGUACUCGCUCACGACGCCCGUCGGUGUCGUCAUUGGCAUCCUCAUCUCGAGCACGUACAGCGAUACGUCGACGACCGCGCUCUGGGUCAAGGGCACGUUUGAUGCGAUCGCCGGUGGUAUCCUUGUCUACACGGGCAUCGUCGAGCUCGUGACGUACCACUACACGACCAACCCCGAGUUCCACAAGAAGAACUUCACGGGCCGCGGCCUCAACUACAUGUGUCUCUACCUCGGGUCGGCCGCCAUGGCCAUUGUCGGCAAGUGGGCAUAAAAUCUGCGGCUAUCUAACUCCAUUAAAUGUUCAAAAUGUCUGAUUUCCAA